UAUAUUUUUAACUUGCUCCAUCCUUCCUAACCAAUUGACUGACAUUUGUCAUAAGUCUAACAUUUUUUUAUCCUAAUUAACGAUUAUUUAUAAAUAUCAAAUAUUAUUUUAAAGUUUCUCAAAACAAAAGACUAGAUUGUAAAUAAAAAACUCAUGAUUAUUUUAUCGAGUUGAUUUUUAAAUAUUUCAUACUAAAAAUUAGCGAUAAGUCAGGGCAGGUUCACGCAGAUUUUUGCAAUUGUGCUGACGAUUUUCAAAGGAUUUAAAUUUUGUUCAAAUCGUCCAUCGAUGAUACGUAACAUUUAUUAUAUAUGAAAAUAAGGAUUUGAAUCAACGAAAUUUAUUAAACCAACAUUGACAUUUAAAAAUUACUGAGACUUCUCCGGGAUAACAAGAAUGGAGGACAUGCAAGAAGAGCCACAAUUUGUCGUCGAUGAUGUCAGUAAAAUAAUAAAAGAAGCUAUCGAAGUAUCCAUAGGCGGUGAUGCCUAUCAACAGAACAAAGUCGCUCAGUGGACCUCUCACGUCGUGGAAAGUUGUCUAGGAAGUCUCACUAAAUUACAAAAACCCUACAAAUAUAUUGUGACGUGUACAAUAAUGCAAAAAAAUGGAGCCGGAUUACAUACCGCGAGUUCAUGUUUUUGGGACAACACAACCGAUGGCAGUUGCACAGUCAGAUGGGAAAAUAAAACCAUGUACUGCAUAGUGUCCGUUUUCGGUCUCGCAAUCUAGAGUAUCCAUAAAUUUUAUUCCCUUAACUUUAAAAUGAACAUCCUCAGUCUUUUAUCUUAAAUUGUUAGCCAGCAUUAUUACUUGCUGCUAAAUUUAUUGACAUAAAUUAACUCCUUAGAUUAAUUUUCCAUUUUAUAUAAAAUUUUAUUGUAAAACUGCACAAAUUUAAUUUAAAAUUAUCGUCAUGUCUCAGCACCUCUUAUCAAUUAAAAUCUUUCUAUUACCGCUUAUAAAAAUAACUAAUCAUUUACUAAUUAAAUUAAUUAUCAGUUAUAUUUAUAUAUGAAAUAUUAAUUAAGCUGCGAGCUGUAAUCAUAAA